AUCAUUAAAUCAUUAUUUAAUAGAGCUCUUUAAUUAUAAGGAAGAAAAUUUAUACGAUUUCUUAUUAUACAUAUUUAUAUUGCAAACCAUUCUCUAAAUUUUCAAUUUAGCACGUUGUGAACGAUUGUGAAAGAUCGUUAAUUGAAAAAUCUAUUGUUUAUAUCUCGUUCGCACAUUUUAUUUGGAAUUGUAGGUCUGAUAAUAUUAUCGGAUAAACAGAAUAAAAGGCAAUUUUUGCAUUUCAAUUGAUAAGAAGGAAGCACGUCACGCAAUUAUAGUUAUUUAGUAUACGAUAUACUUAGAUUCACCCGAUAUUACGUGCUGAAGUAAUUGACUAGAACAAAUCUAUGAUAAUUUGUCGUCUUUCACCGACAAAGGAAAGUAGAUACUUCAAUGUAUUUUUAGUCAUAUAACCAGUCUGCCAGUCUAUCUAUUUGAUACGAAGAAAGAGAACCGAUCAUCUGUUUGUUCCAAGAGUAUCGAUCAUAUUUCAAAUUACGCGAGUUGAGAGAUCACGUGAACGAUCUUUAAAAGGAGGGAAAUUUGAAAGAGAAAUUAUUUGGUGACCAAUGCACGCUUUAGAAGUUAUAGUUUACAUCUUUGCAUUAUGAAAUAGAAAAUCAUUGCCAAUAUUCUUCCCAUGAAAAUGAACGAUGCUAUUUAUGCAUGUAGAACGUUCCACAUGUGGUGCUGUGAGAAUUUUUACGAUUUGUGCGUGGUUAUCAUGUACCAUAAGUGGGAUAUAAAUUCUCUUUUACUAUUAACAAAAAGAAAAAAAAGAUGAAAGAUAAAAAAACGGUUGUCAAAGCUUUAUUAAGUACCGCUGACAUAAACGAGAAACAAAUAGUUGUAAGUAAACUUUCUCUCUCUCUCUCUCUCUCUCUCUAUCUCUCUCUCUCUCUUUCUCUCUCUCUCCCUCUCUCUCUCUCUCUCUCUCUCUCUCUGUCUCUCUCAUUUUCUAUCUUUUCCUCUCUCGUUAGCCGUCACAAGCGGUAAUAUACAUAAGCGGUAUGAAUAGGAUAUGUUUGAGGAUAUUGGAAGACCAAAUGUAGGCUAGCUUCCUUGCUCUCAAAAAUAUACCAUUUGUACUGAGAAAUUUUGAGAAAAAAAAAAUGUAGACGAUUCAAUUUCACAAGAAUCCUCCGAGAAAUGAUAAACAACGCCACUGGUUAUAGGUACACAUUAAGAACGUUAAGAAAAGGGGGACGUUGAUCACGUGUUCGUUGUUCUUUGUAUAUUGUUCAGCGGACACUACAAAGAAAGCAUUUGCAGUAAUGAGAGAAAAAAAAAAGCGGGAAAAUGUUUAUGUUCUUGUUUUAUCUUAGCAUAGGCUUUAGUUAUUUCAAACUUUUUUUCUGUACACAUGGAUAUACUUAGGAAGAAAUACGAUAAAUGUGAUUAUAAUGAAAAAUGAAAAAAAAAAAAAAAGAAAAUGGAUAUUGUUAUGGUAAAGAUUGAAAAGAAGCCACUAAACGAAAUGAUUAAAGGGAAAAAUGAAAAAGGAAAAAAAAAAACAAGGAUAAACUUCAGAGUAAGCACGUUUGUUCUCGUAAUAAUUAUUAUACAAUUCAUAAUUUUUGUAUUUUUGUCAAAUAUUAACCGAUCGACCGAGAAUGCAAAAUGCAUUACGCCACUACUGCUAACUAUUAUAUAAUUAUUAAAAAUAAUAAUAGCUACUACUGUGUAUAAAUAUGAAUAUAUAAGAAUAAAUGUAUUAAAGAAAUCUUGUAAUUCAAGUACCUGCUGUGCUUGGAAGACAUUUUGAACUUUAUAAUUUUAUCAGUACUAAGUACGUAGUAUUUUGUGCAUUCUUUACGAUUUAUAAAUACAUAUACAUAUUAAGGAACACACCCUAACGGCAUCGGAUUAUUAAUAGCCUCACUAAUGGAGAACUUGUAAAAUUCUGUGAGCAUAUUAAUAUAUUUAUCCUUUAAUAAUAGUAAUUGAGCAGUACACCUCUGUGUAAACAAUUAUUCCUGUUAUUAUUCGAUCAUGCAAUUAAAAGGAUAUAUAAAUGACCAUGUUUCGCAGCAGUCGAGAAUAAAAGCUAUAACGGACUGUUGCAAUACUGUCUCUAACGUUUGUUUUUUUUAUAAGAUCCCCAACAGAUGUUUAAAUUUUUUAAAACCAAUACCAUUCUUUUCUUUUUUUUUUGUUUUAUGUUUUUUUUGUUUUUUGUUUUUUUUUUUUUGCUUUUCUUUUUUUGUUUUUUUUUUCCUAAUUAAUUCUAACCGAUUAUAGAAACAAACGGGAUCGUUCUAUAGAGGAUCAAAAUGUUUUUAUUUCGAAUUUGAAUGAUUACAAAUUUUAUACAUGGCUUUUUAAUCGCUUUUAAAAAUUGCAUAAUAAUUACAGAUGACAGUACUUUUGUCAAUUGAGUUGGUAAACGUAAUUGAAGAUGGUCGAAAACGAAUGAUAAAUGUCAUUCUAAUUUGUUAAAAGAUACUAUUAUAUCCGAAAAACUUUUAUAUUGUUUUUAAUUAAAAUUCUUGGAAAGAUUGCUUUCUAUAGCCGUUUUUAUGGCCUUUUAUAAAUGUUUGUGUUUUAAUUAUAAUUGUAAGAAAAUCGAAUACAAAUACAAUAUCAAUGAUAUAAUAUAUAACCUCAAUGGCGAGGUUUCUGGCUAAGUAAGUGCGUAAUUAAACAUCCUUGAGGAGUGUCAUUAUUCUUCAGUCUUCUUCGUUAGUAAUAUGUGCCGAAAUACAAAUAGUUUAUAAACAUUCUAUUUCAACAAACAAAAUGUCUAGUACGUGGUAUCAACAAGUGUUUGCCCUAGAUGCCAAAUAUAAUGCACAACGUGCAAAUAAAUUGCCUACAUUAGACGAAAUCAAUUAUUGAGAGAAAAACCAUUUAAAGAGCACGAUAUUCGUACACAGUACUUGAAAUUACGUUCAGACUUAUUAUAUAAACGAUAUGGAGAGAAUAUUGAUCAAAAUAACAUUAUGAACAAUUCUUUACAAGAAGAAACUUCAGAGAAUGUACCAAAAUCUCAUUUUGUUCAAAAGAAAUCAACAGCAGAGAAUUUUGCUUUUGCUGGAGUUCAUCACGCUUUCGAUCAACAUACUGCAGCUGUAAUAAUGCUUAAAUUUGCCAAUAAUGAUAGAUCCAGAUUAGGAUGUGCAUCUUUAGAUGGAACUCUAUCGAUAUGCGAAGUUGUUAACACACCACCACAAGUAUUUGCUGUACUUGAAGGUCAUCAGAAAGGAGUUACAGCUUUUGAUUGGAGUAUCAGCAAUGAUUUGAUAGUAUCAUCUUCUCUGGAUGCUACUAUUCGUCUUUGGAAAGUACAUGCAGAACCUAAGUGUUUACGAGUUGUUAAAGAUCCACAAAACGCGGAAAUUUUUUGUUGUGCAUUUAUACCAGCUAAUAACAAUUUAGUAGUUACUGGUAAUUCACACGGGUUGAUUCAAAUUUUAAAUGUAUCAACAGGAAUCUAUACACGUGGUGGUUCAUGCAAACUUGGGGAAAAGAUUUUAUCAUUAACUUGUGAAGAAAGUGGUGGCUCAUUGAUAUGGGCAGGAAGCGAUAGAGGUACUAUUACUUCAUUACAAUUAGAGGCUAGGACAGGAAGGCUCUCAAAAUUGCAAAGAGUUCAGAAAUUAAAUAGUAUGGUAACUAGUCUCUCUUGGCGUUCUUGGCAUUCGAAAGAAAUACCAUGGCCAGUCUUUUUAGCAAGUACUGCUUGCAAUGCAGUAUUAUUGUAUCGCGUUGCUGAUAAUCAAGGUUCUCUGAAAUUAUUGAAAAAAUAUCCUAUUAAACACAGACUUCAUUGUAUAAGAUCUACAUUUUGUCCCCAAAUGGGAGCUUGUUUAAUAGCAACUGGUUCAGAAGAUGGUGCAAUUCAUCUUUUUGAUUCUUCCAAAGAUGGUAAAGCUGCAAGAGUAAAUCUACUUCAUGGUCAUGCAAGACCUGUACUUGCUCUUUCGUUUAAUUAUGACGAAUCAUUUCUCGCUUCUGGAGAUCAUCAAGGACUUGUUAUUUUAUGGCGCAAUCACCAACGCCAUUUGUAGUCAUUAUUCACUUAAUUAAUUAAUUUUGAUUUCUGUUUAAUUAUUAAUACAUUACAAUAUAAAACUGA